CAAACAACGAAGCAGCAGGAGGGUAUUGACCAUAUGAUACCAUCGCCACUCCCCUAUCUCCUCCACUGUAACCUUGUUUCUUUUUUCCCACGUCCUGAAGAGGACAUUGGGUCGCAAUCCUUCACUUUCGUUCGGGUACUUUAUCAUAUUGGUCUUUGCUUCAUUUCAGCGCUAUUCCGGAUGCCCGCCGAUGCAGAAAAACGCCCGUCCAACCAAGUUUGCGACUGGUGCCGACGUCAAAAAGUAAAGUGUAAAGAGCUUGAAGGUGUCAAUGUGGACGGUGCUCGCCAUCUUAAUCUUGAGCCGACCUGCCAGAGAUGUUACCGCCGGAAAGAGCGUUGUACGUUUACGUAUUCACCUAAAAAGCCAGGACGGCCAUCGGGUGUCUACAAACGCCUGUCUCGGUCUAGCCGUUCCGCUUCUCCAGUUCAACCUGUACCUACUACCCCCCUGAAUCCCAUACGGACUAUGACCAAUAUAGAUGAGAUCCUAUCCAGUGGAGCGGUUGUCUCCAAUGAUUGCUCAGGAGCAGACCUUGAUUCGAUACCUACCCAAGGCUCAGGUAGUGUGGCUCUGCCUAUCGACGAUCAGGAGAACGUCAACCGUCUUGCGUUGCAAAGGGCUAUCGAUGGCGUAAACAAUAACAGGACCAAUGACCUGUACAAUGCCCUGCAGCAAUGCACACCAAAAUUUCCAUUUCCGCCCGAUCAUUUUACAAAUGCUACGUUGCCUCUCAAUAUGGCAGGUUGGACGUCACAUGCAUUUCGCUUACCUGAUGAAAUACGGCCCAGCGGCAACUCGACCUCGGGAACGACAUUCUUUGAUACUCCUUCCACAGCACAAGCCUUGGCAGAGGAUGAUCAACCUCAAUUUCCUGGCAACAGCCCGAGCGAAGCUGCGAUAUUGGCAUCGCUGAAGGCUACAAAUGAGCCUGAGAGCUUCAUGCCAAUCGAUGUGAUAGCGCCAUGGUCUGACAUCUGCUUCUUCCUCUCAUUGUACAUGCGCCAUCAACAUGUACUAGUGCCCAUCGUCCACAAGCCCUCGUUCGCCAGCGAUGUGCUUCAUCGGAGAGACCAAAGGGACGAGACCUUUCGAGGAUUUCUUGCUAGUAUCGUGGCCUAUGUUAUUUGUCAGAGCCCAAUCAGUCUAAUGGGGGAGCAGCAUUCUCGGGAACGCCUAAAGAGAAUCCUCUUCCGGGCACAUAGGUUCAGCCGUGCAUGCCAAUUACGCAACAGUCAUCAACCUAGUCUUUCGAUGCUUGGAUCUGUCAUUCUAGACCUCAUAUCGACUCAAGCUACCCAGAAUCUCAGCUCAACUGACAUGCUGGCUGCCGAGGCACGGAGGUUGGUUUACACGUUGCGGGUCAAUCAAACCGAACCGAAGGAAGGCAUGAACCUCAUCGAAAGAGAGAUUUGUCAUCGAAUGUAUUGGGAAGUUGUAGCAAUCGAAAAGACGCUCGCUUUGAAUGGAGCCCCGAUCAUGUUACUUGAAAUGGAGGGUGUUCCACCUCUUCCAUUGGCAGUCGAUGAUGAGUACAUCUCGGAGGAAAGUCAUUUUCCUCAGCCGUUUGGGAAGAGAUCGUACAUGACUGGAUUUGUGAUUGUCACACAAAUUUUCCGGUUGUUAGGCCAGUGUCUGCAAAGGCAUCGCAUGUUCCUGUGCAAAAAAGAUCAAAGUACCGACACUGAAAGCUCAUUACGAUGGAUUGAACAGACAUUGGAGGAGUUGGACACCUUGACAAACGACGUUCCAAUCAUUGCGACCUUUGAUGAGGCACAACCAGAGACUUGGUGGGGUAUCCAAUGUGCGAAUAUUCACAUUACCGCGCUCUGUGUGCAAUUUGCAUGUAUUGACUUCAGGUCCGCCUUGUCACCGGGCUAUGAUUCGCCACCACAGCGACAAAUAAUUGCUAAAACAGCCUAUGACAUUUUGGCGAAUAUACCUGUUGAGUGUCUUGCCUCAAAUGGACAGAGCGUGCGAGGCAAAAUAUUACGAGUUUUGCUGUCUUUGCUUUCCUUCGCAUCAGAUCCCAGUGAUAUAAGCGGCCAUGUAUGGGAUUGGUGGAAUUUGUAUCACAACGUGCACUUCAUACAGGCAAUGCCUGAGGCUUCGGAAUGAUAUAAUUCACUGUUUCGCGUCGUUGUAUCAUUUUAUUGUAGUAUUUCGUGGUUAUCAAAAGCUAUUGCGUAGGAUAUUACUCAAUGCAUCAUGAGUCAU